AUGGAGUGUUCCAAUCCUUGUGAAGCUCAGAUUGAGGUGGACCUGGAGGAAGUUCAUGGAGAUGAGGUGGAGGAGGCAAGUGAAGAUGUUCCAGGCUUUGAAGACAAACUUGAGGAUGAGAUCAGUGAUCCUACCUUAUUGGUCAUAAAUGGGGAUUCUUCACUGUUGUCUCCACCAUCUGGCCCUGGCAUCCAGCCUCUCAAUUACCUCUUUGUCAACAGCAAAUAUGUUCACAAAUCUAUGGUCUGUCAUGUUCUUUUCAAUGGUAACUUCACCCCCAAGUCACAUGAUUGCCUCCUUCGAGUUUGUGGCUACACAGCUGUCAAUAAGCCCAUGGAAAGUGUGUCAUCACUAUCUGACUCAACUGCAGCCUGUGCUUCUUUCAUUGUUGGCAACCCUUACCUGAUGCUCAUCCACUUUCAUGACAAUGCUACCCAUCUUGCCCUACUUCAUUCAACAGCUAUCCAUGAGAAUGUCAUUUCAUGUUCUGAUAUCAAUUUUGACAGUCUCCUCUCAGUAGCUGGAAAGGUGAAGAUUACUGGCAAGAUUCUCACUCUAUUGGUGUCUCCACUGACACCUGAUGAUGAUUGCUUCUGGAUCUGGAAUGGAGCAUAUUUGAAGGCUAGUUCUCCCCUCCCCAGAUCCAACAUCUCAACACAGAAAGUGGUUGAGGUGACAACACUUGGUGCCUUGAUCCAUCUCAUCAAUCCUAGCAUUGUCACUGCUGCCAACUACCUGCCUUCUGAGCACUUGGCUGAAGUCAACUCUUGUGGCAUCACAUGGGCUAUCAGUAAUGACACACUUGAGGUAGCUGUUAAUGUGUUGUGGAAGUGGAUUGUGGAUUCGAAACUUGCUGUCUUGAAUAUCACACUGAUGCAGAGCUCAAAUUCAAGCUUUCCAUACUCAAUGAAUAGUAAGAUUAUCCAAGACUACUAUAUACCUGUACUAAAAUACUUUCAGGCAGUCCAGCAUUGUCUUGCAAAGAAGCAAGAGUUGCAUUCAUCAGUAGACCACUUUGUGAGUUGGUAG